AACGUAACGUUGGUCAACUGUUAUUGUUGCCGCAGCCUGGACCACACGCUCUCAAAGGCUUUCACUUUCGUUCGAUACACAGGACACCCUUCUCCUUGCAAGAAUGGCCGAAGAAGCAUCUUCCGAGUCAGAUCCUACUUCGAGCGAAGUUGACUUCAUGUCUAACAUCCUGGCUCCCGGUUCCUCUAUGCACCCAACCUUCCUGCUCAUCCUCGAUGGAGCUUUCGCAGUAUUGCUGUUCGUUCUGCUCGGAAUGGCUGUUCUGACGAAAGGGAAUAUUCAUGUGUUGGCGUUGAUUGCGAUCGAGGGAUGUUUGUGGGCGAGUGUCAAGUGGUUUGUGAAUGAGUUCCAAAAGGCUCAGGCUAACUUGCCGCCUGCUAACAAACCGGAAAAGAACGACGAAGUUAAGGAGGAAUAAUUAUCGAGGAAUCAAUCUAUUUGCUACAG